AACCAAAAAUAAAUUGAUUAGCUUCAGCUUCAGUUUCAGAACAUAAGAAGAGGGGGACUGAGAGAGAUGGCUGAUGAGAACGAAAGAGAGAGAUGGAAAUGAAAAAUGAUUGACUCGAUCUGCAGAAGUUGAUCAGAUCGUUCAUAACCAUAACAAGAAGAAAUAAUGACCGGAGGAAAUGGAAAUGGAAAUGGCUUAUGGAGAAAUGCUUAUCAGGCAGUGGUCAACACAAAACCCUUAUUCCUUACGAUCUAUGCCACCGUCGUUGUCGGAAUACUCUUCUCUUCCUUUUACGUUUUCUCCGCCGUUUACUCCUCUUCCUCUCUCUCCGCCACUACCUGGCUCUCCUCUCCUCCCUCUUCUCUCUCUCGCCAUAUUGAUCAAUCGUCCAACAUUUCUCAACAAGAAGCAAAGUCAAUUGUAGUUGUAAGUCCGCCGAUAAAAACAUUACGGCCGCAGACCAAACAGCUAAAGCCAAUUUGGGAAGCCCCUCCAGGGAAUUCGAAAAUGCCUUCGAUAAAGAAAUUUAGACUUACAAAAAAAAUGGUUGAGGAAAGAGUCCAGGAUAAUGUUAUUAUAGUCACCUUCGGUAACUAUGCCUUUAUGGAUUUUAUUCUUACUUGGGUUAAGCACUUGACUGAUUUGGGCCUUUCUAAUCUUCUUGUUGGUGCUAUGGACACUAAGUUAUUAGAGGCUUUGUACUGGAAAGGUGUUCCAGUUUUUGACAUGGAAAGCCAUAUGAGUACAGCAGAUGUUGGUUGGGGUUCACCUACCUUUCACAAGAUGGGGAGAGAAAAAGUUAUGCUUAUUGAUGCUAUUCUCCCUUUUGGUUAUGAACUGUUGAUGUGUGACACGGAUAUGGUUUGGUUGAAGAACCCACUGCCAUAUCUUGCUCGUUAUCCUGAUGCAGAUGUUUUAACUUCAAGUGAUCAAGUUGUACCAACUGUUGUUGACGACAGGCUGGACAUUUGGCAAGAAGUUGGUGCUGCCUAUAAUAUAGGAAUCUUCCACUGGAGACCGACAGAGUCUUCAAAAAAAUUGGCAAAAGAAUGGAAAGAAGUGCUCCUUGCUGACGACAAGAUAUGGGAUCAGAAUGGAUUCAAUGAUAUUGUGCGCAGACAGUUAGGACCAUCUCUUGAUGAUGAAAGUGGACUCGUAUAUGCUUUUGAUGGAAAUCUCAAGCUAGGAAUUUUACCAGCAAGUAUAUUUUGCAGUGGACAUACAUACUUUGUCCAGGCAAUGCAUCAACAGCUCAGAUUGGAGGCAUAUGCAGUGCAUACCACAUUUCAGUAUGCAGGUACAGAAGGAAAGCGACACCGAUUACGGGAAGGCAUGGUUUUUUAUGAUCCACCAGAUUACUAUGAUGCACCAGGGGGGUUUUUGUCAUUUAAGCCAUCUAUACCAAAGAGUUUGGUACUAGAUGGACAGCACAGUCUUGAAUCCCAUUUUUCUCUAAUUAAUUAUCAGAUUAAACAAAUCAGGUCAGCACUUGCAAUUGCUUCAUUGUUAAACCGUACACUGGUUAUGCCUCCAAUAUGGUGCAGAUUGGAUAGACUAUGGUUUUCCCAUCCUGGAGUUCUGGUGGGAUCUAUGACUAGACAACCUUUUAUCUGCCCUUUGGACCAUGUGUUUGAGGUGAAUGUCAUGUUGAAACAGUUGCCAGAGGAGGAUUUUGGUCCUGGGAUCAAUAUCAGAGAGUACUCUUUUCUGGACAAUCCUUCAUUGCCAAAACAAGUGAAAGAGUCAUGGCUUGAUGUCCAGCUUUGUCAAGAAGGAACUCAUGGUUGUGUUGCAUCAAACAGAACAAGUCCAUCAGGAGUACUGAGAUUUCCAAAACACAGCAACGAGGACAUGAUCAAGGCCGUAUUCUCAUCCUUCAAGGAUGUUAAAGUUAUUCAGUUCUCUUCAAUGCAAGAUGGAUUCCUAGGUUUCACCGACAAGGCAAGAGAAGAAAAAUUUAGGAAUCGUGUGAAGCGGUAUGUUGGUAUAUGGUGCUGCGUGGAAAAUCACACCCCAGGACACGUAUAUUAUGACAUGUACUGGGAUGAGAAACCCGAUUGGAAACCAAUGCCACCAGAGACGCCAGAGCUUGACCACCCACCCUGGUAAGGCCUAAGUCUAACCUCCAAAGUAUAUAAUAUCUGUUGAAGUAGGAGAGAUACAGAAAAGGAGAAUGUCUUGAGCAGCUGAGCUAGUUUAGAAAGAACAAACUCUAUAAGUUAAAAGAGAAUGUACCUGAGUUAGUUAAUUUAAUUUCCUAACACAUUGAACCAAUACGUCUUGUAUUCAUAUUUUGGGUUUGGGAAGAAGACUGUUCCCCCAUAUUUAUUGUCAGACGCAAUAGGGGGGAGGAUAAUGUAUUUCGUUUAAUCACCAAUGAGGCUGAUUUAUUUCCUGUAAUCAUUGUAAAAUUACAAGAGAGAAAAUUUAUCUUUUCAGUAGUGCAAUAAAGAAAUAAACUCUGAUACUAUAAGGGGGGUUUUGAUUUUAAAA